CAUUAGCUUCGCGCACUUUGGCCGCGCCACGCGUAAAAACUGGACCACAAAUAUAUUGAACCGGGCAACAGUCCGCAAAUCGAAAGAUUCAAGCGCUCCAAUUCUGUCUAGCAUAGAAAUUGUUAUUCAUUGCCAGAAUGAGUUUGCUGCUGAAGCGACGGUCGCGCAGCGAGACGCGUGCUCAGCCAACACCAGCGGCGGCGGCAGCAGCAACAGAAGCGCCAACAAACAAACAAGAGACAACAAGAAAGGAACAACAACAAAAGGACAAAGAACCUACCAUACAACACCUGGGUCUGGGCAUGGGAAUGGGCAGACGCAAGACAUCCGCUGAGCUCAUCAGCGAAGCCAAACUAUAUCUGGGCGACCUGUCCACGGCAACGGCAGCAGCAGCGGCCCCAAUGACAGCAGCCGGCGGUGCCCGCUUGGUCAGCACAAGGCGUCCCAUAACGCCACGCGAGCCCGGCCGUGUGCUCUACGGCAAGGUGGCAUUGGCCGGCCGUCCGCCCAGCGCCUUCUCCAUGCGAUAUCUGCAGAAUGAGAAUCAUAAGCCCUUGACGCCGCCAACACCAGCUGCCGGCACGGAGCUCUUAUUGAAUCGUCGCAAUGUGGAUGCCAAGCCACGUCAAUUGCCCGCAUUGCCGGGCGCUGCGGCAGACACCGCCAGACCACCCACGCGCAAUGGCGCUCUGUUGGGCCAGUGCAGCUCCGAGAUGCUCAUCGAGAUGCUGAAGCAGCAUGCCGGUCUCAAGGAUUGCAGUGACGAGACAGUGCAGCACAUCAAUGCGAUUUUGCUAGAGCUGUAUACGCGUGUGCAUAAGCAGGAGCGCAACUUCAAGCGUGCCUUCAUCCUGGGCGGACUCUAUGGCCUGGUCGAGUGCACGUCGCCACGAAUUCUGCUGGCUGUGGCACGUGUUGUCCUGGCGUUACGCGUCACGGGCAGCAAUUUGACAGGCGCCUGCAAGCUCAUCUUUAAGGUAGCUCGCCACGAGCAGCACGACGUUCUGUUCCACGAGAACGAUGUGCUGGAGCUGCUGAUCGAUGGCCUGGGCCACGCUUCGCCGUUGGACGAUCCGGAGGCCUGCAUUUAUGCCUAUGGCUGCAUACGAUUUCUCACCGCCAGCAAUGCCCAGGAGCGCGACGAUGCGCUCAAUCGCAAUUGGGCCGCUGGCCUCGAGGAGCUAACGUCGCCGCCGACGCACGCAGCUAUAGCAGCAGCGACAGCAUUGAGCACAUCGAGUGCGCCCGACACGCGCAAGCUAAAUGGCCAACAGACGCUGGUUUCCCGCCUGGCACGCCAUGGCGCUGUCGAACUUAUGAUUCUGCAUCUGCAGAUGCUGAACGAGGCGGGCGCCACGCGUCGCCUCAGCGGUCCGCCGCUGCACACGCUCUAUCAGUUGUCGGCGGCACUGCGCGCUCUCGCCGAUGUGGCCCAGCAGCAGCAGCGGCUCCAGCUGCAGCUGCAGCUGGCCUGUCCGCAUUUAAUACGCGCCGCCGAGGUCUCCAUGGGCGAGCUGGAGGUGCAAGCGAACGUGGUGCGCACGCUGAGCGUAUUAUCCGAGGAUGUGGAGUGCUGUGAGACGCUGCUUAACUAUGCAGCUCGCAUUGGUCUGCUACUCGGUCCCUACUCCAAGGGCGGCAAGUGCAGCGAGCGUCUGCUGGCCGUGCUCAGUCGCCUCGGCUACAUGUUGGGCAACAUUUUGGCCAAGCACGAAUCGGCGCGCGUCCAGUACUAUCACAACGAUGUGGCCAUGGAGUAUCUGUUGAAUGUGCUGCAAGAGCUAAGCGAACGACCGCUGGCCAGCGAAGCCCUGCUGGAUGCCCAAAUCAAGCUGAUCCGUGUCGUGGCCAAUAUGAGCGUCAAUGCGGAUGUUGGCGCUGGUCUGGGCAAUGUUCACGCUCUGGGGGCUGUUCUUUUCCGGCUGCUGCAGAAUACAACGGUUGCCCUGGAUACCAAAUCCACUGAAUCCGCACAGCCUGCCGAGCUGCUGGAGCUGUUGCAUGCCACGCUUGGCGCCUUACACAAUCUGUGUUUCUAUCAGGACAACCAAACGACAACGCCAGCAGCAGCAACGACGGCGACUCCAGUUCCAACUCCAACGCCGGCGGCCGGCUCGCUGCAGAGUCUCAUCGCUGAGCUGUCGACCGCUUUGGCAGCUACUCUGAAACGCUGUCAGUCUCAAUAUGUGCCCACCAAGGUGGAGCUGGCCCGUGUCCUAGGCAAUCUGACACGCAACGAGCUGGCGCGUCGCUGUUUCUGUGCCGCUGGCGGCUUGCCACUGAUUGUGCAGCAGCUAACGCGGCAGGCGAACGGCCGGGACUAUGAGCUGCGCACCUGCGCCAUUGGAGUGCUGGUCAAUCUGCUGGGCGAUGGCGAGCAGCGGGCGCCUUUUUUGCAAUUGCGCGGCGCCGAGCUGCUGGCGCUGCUGUUGCGCGGCGCACUGGAGCAGGAGGAUUGGUUUCUGGCCAACAUCGUGUGUCAGGCGAUGUGGAAUCUACUCAUCGAUGCCCAAUGCGCGACAGCCCUGUGUCAUAGUGGCAGCAUUCUCGACGAGGUCAGCGAUCUGUUGGCUGACUAUUUGGAUGAGGAGCGUUUGACAACUGGCGACGAAGCCAACGACGAUGAUCCGGAACAGGAACAGCAACCAGGAAAGGAGCGUCAACCAGAACCGGAUACAGAUUUAGAGCCGGAGGCGGCUCCAGAUGCCUUAUGGGAGGAUUUUGCGCUGGUUGCUACCGAUUUGCUGGAGAGAAUUCAAAACAAUUUCGACAAACAGCAACGGCAAGCGACACACAUCGAUAACGAUGACAACGACAACGAUAACGACGAUGUCUUUAUCGAUAAAAUGUAA